AAACAUCUUAUCUGAUGCUGAUAAUUUUUCAAUCAGUUCUCGAAAUUAGCUACCUGAUAAAGCUAAAAGUGAUUUCCUAUCAGCUUUUGUAAAACUAAAAUAAAAUACAUCAGAGUAUUUUAUUCUAUUGAAAUUUCCAAAUGAUAAAUUCUAAGAAAACUGUGUGCACAGUUGGUCAAUAGACACUAUUUGCUAACAACCUUGAUAACAAUCGUCAUUAAAAUUAAUGACAGACGUGAAACUAUCGAGAAUGGUAUACACUGCUGUUAUUGGAAGUUAUCUGCAAAUAUAUGACGCUCUUUGACGAAACGUGUUUUUACAAGGGAUACAAUGAGAAUUUCAUAGCAAUUGCUCGUCUUGGGAGAAGAAAAGAAAAGGAUUCGAGGCUGCAUUUUAUACUUGAGACACGACCUCGUCCAUACCUUGGAAGUAACAACAUUUUAUGCUCGUUCCUUAACACCUGACUGACUCAAUCGAUAUCGACAAGAUCUCUCGUAUGAUGUUUACAAAUGUACCAGGCAGGUGUAAUUUUUUUUUUUUUAAACACAAACAUAUGUACGAACGUCGAUUUAUCCAAUUGAUUUUACCAAAGGAACUUUAUUCGUCCAACUGUCUUGCUUCGUUCAUUUGAACAUUUUCUAAAUUUCUAAAUUUAAGAAUUUGAAAAUCCUACUAGAAAUUCAAGACUUUCACGUUCGAAUUAGGCCUUAAAUCAACAAAGAAGGGGAAAAUAUUAAAAGAUUCGGUCGUUUAUCUAAUCUCGGCGUCUCUCGCAGCACAACAGAUAGACCCAAGAAGAUCCCUGUUUAACAAUCGUGUACAAAGUUCAGCGUGUUCGAAGAGAGCGAUUGUGGUCACCGACUCGCUACCACCGUCAGAAUUUCCUGGUAGAUGUUACGAAGGAAACACCGAACAACCGCCAACCUGAAGCUGGAAAGAGAUAGAAAGUUUUCGCGAUACUUGGACAGCUUUCUGUCCCAAAUCCGACAUCCUAUCAGCAGGAUAACUCAGCGUAACGAGUCUGGAAAGGAUGAAGUGACAGAGGAAGAAACAACCAGUGGUUCGUCGAACAAAGAAACCAUACAGACAGAGAGGACUGAGAAAGAAAGGAAAUUGAAAACAGACAACACUGUGGCCAUUGGACUGACUAAUUUGGAGAAUCCUGGACCAUCGAGGGUACAUCCCAACAGGAUACCACGGACGAACGCUAAUGCGAGUAGAGUGAAGAGUACUCGAGAGAAAACAACGCAAAUGUAUCAACACUCGAGCACUCAAAGGCUGCAUGGAAACGAAGACAACGAUGACGAUGCUUCGUUGUUAGAGGAUGCGAUAAGAAGACCAAAAUAUAUCCUAGUCGGAUGGGAUAGUUCCCGUUCGAAGCUCAUGUUACUCUUACUGGUACUCCUGAUCUUAUGGGCAAUUAUCUACUUUCCUUUAAUUAGAAAAUAAAGUUUAUCGAAAUUCCAUAUAAAAAUGCACUUAAGCUGUGAUCUUAGAUUAAUUACACGAUCAGUCGUAAGUUUCAAACGUGAAACUACAUAAUUAAUGUUAACUGCUUAAUCAAUGUUGUGAAUUUGUUUGCUGUGUGCUUGCGAGUGUUGAAAAACGGUGCAAGAAUGUAAAUAUGUACAUACAGCUUCUGAGAAUAAAGUAAUGUUUAGUUUUUAAAGAAUCAGAAUGACGCGAAUGCUCUCAUUUGAGAAUACCGCCACCGAAUGGUACCACUGGCGCCAUCGAACGGCAAAGUGCUGAACUAUGAUAACAUAAUCAUUACCGGCAGAAAUCCCGCACUUUCUUUUUUAAGAAUUAUCAUUUCUAACGCAUUACAUAAAUUGUAAUGGCAUUAUUAGAAUUAAUUAAAACCCGUAGAACGUAUCAUUAACUCUAAUAAGGUGUAAAAAUUCCUUAUUUUGCAAAAAAGGCAAUUUUCUAUUUCGUCAAUUUUGCCGCGCAUCGUCCGAUGGCGCGAGUAGUGCCUUUUUUAAAAAAAAGGCGCAUUGUUAUGAAAUCAAAAAACGUAUUUAAAACGAGGCUUGCACAACUAUUUCAGUUUAUAAAUACAGUAUUUCGAUUAAAAAUAUAAACCUUAACAAGAAAAGAGUAGUUCACUUAUGAAAGAGAGAUAGGUAAUGUACACUAAUUUAAAUUCCUGUAGGCGAUAGUUAACGAUAAUUAGUUACAAUAAAAUGAUUGAAGUCUAGAUUAAUUCGCAUA